AAAACAGGAAGGUUGCCUGUUUAUACACAGUAGUUCAGCUUCUAAUUGAGAUCAACAACACAUCUUGUCAUUUGAAAGAAUAGCAUUGCUCAAAAUGCCGAAGGUUCUGGAGAAUAUAGUGACCAUGGUGAAGCAGCACCCAGAUGGGAUCCCCCUUAAAAAGCUGGCUGUAUUCUACAACCAGACCUACCGCAAGAACCUGACUUUAUCAACCCUGGGUUUCGACUCCAUGGCUAGCCUGGUAGCCUCUCUGGACGGGGAUCUGGUUGUGGAGGGGGAACUGGUGUUUUGCAAGUUCAAUCGCCAUGAUAGUCGGAUCGUAACUGGAGCUGGAGCAUCAGCAAAAGCUACAGAAGACAAGAAGACUGAGAACGUUCUAGAAAAUAUUGUGGCCAUGAUGACAGAACACCCAGAUGGGAUUCCUCUGAAGAUGGUGGCUAUAGUCUACAGCCAAAAAUAUCGCCACAACCUGGCCUUAACCUCUUUGGGCUUCAAAACUAUUUCCUGCCUGGUAGCAUCUUUAAAAGAAGAUCUAGUUGUAAAUGGGGAUUUGGUGUUCCAUAAGAUUCACCAGCCUCAAAAUCAGCCUGUUGCUGGGAAGCCAGCAAAAGCCACAGACGACAGCAGGCCUGCAACACCACAGAGAACUGAAACACUUAUUGGGAAGAGUAGCGCUACUCAAAGUGUUACAGUGCCAGAGGUGGAUGUCAACUCUCACUAUGUGCCUUCCAAUCAGGCAGGAAUUAACUUUUUAGGUCCUCCUUUGAUUAGCACUGCCUCUUUAUUCUCCACCGACUGUCUUCCUGUUAACCUACUCUUUACUGCGCCCAAGCCAGCUGAGAAAUUGAGCCAACAGCAGCUGUACCAAAGGGUCCUAGAGGUGAUAAAGAAGUACCAGUUGAGGGCUCCAUCAAUGGAAGAGCUCCAAACCUGCUAUUUUAAGAGGUUUAAUGAAGAGCUCCCUAUCACACAGUACAUGUCUCUGUAUGACAACUGGGAAGCAUCUUGCCCCAAGAAGCUACCCUCUCAAUCUGAACCAACAGCAGAUCCAAAUACUGUUGUAUUGCAGACAACUACAGUAGCACAGGGUCUUACGCAAGAGCCUGAAGAGGAACGGCAGCAACAGGCCAUUGCGUCCAACUUCCUCUCGGACUCUGACUUUCCAGUGCUGGGGGCAGAUGUGAGCUCGACCAAAGAGAAGAAGAGCAACAUUAGAGAUGCAACCCAGAAAAAAGGCAGUGCCACUGUCUUUAGAGAAGGUUAUCAUGCCCAGCUGAGAGAGGUCCAUGGAGCUAAUAUGCGGGCAGUAGAGGCUGUAGUGCAGGAUGAGGAGGAGCUCACAGGGAGAAGGCGGAACCGAGUCCUGGAUCAGGAUUCUGUCAACAGUUUAAUGGAAGAUGUGAUACGAGACAUAGCUGCUGAGGGAGAGCUGGUCACCAAAGAGAAGGUGAUAUCCAGGGUGUGUAGGCUUAUGCAGAUUCCCUCUUUGGAUGCAGGAAGGAUACAACCCUGGAAGAUUCCGGCUUUAAAAGACCUUCAAUACCUCAUAAGAGAGAUCAACAUGUUCAUAGAGUCUACUGAAGCAGUGACAUCCAUCUGUACCCUGUAUGAGCUGGGCCAGUCACUAGCUGGGCUGAAGGACAAGAAGCACUAUGAAGAGCUGAACUUGGGGCCCCUCUGCAAACUCCCCCUCAUCCACCGCAUGUUCAAGAUUGACAGUAACACUAAGGAUGAUGAUAUCCACCAGAUCGAGACAGUUGACAUCUUAAAGCAAAUUCGAGUUUUUAGGAAGCAGCAGAACAAGCCAAAAGUGGACCUGGCUGAGUUCAUGAAGUAUCUGUCCGACCACUACAACUGUGAAUCUCCCUACGAGCUGGGUAUCAGGAUACACAGCCUUGGGCUGCCCAUAGGGACCUUACUGAAGGUGAGUCGAUGUGAGCACUUGAUAAUGGACCAAGCCAGGGAGGUCAUCCAGAAAGAGCUGCAGGAUGAGACCUACGAGCGGCUGAGAAAGAUAAAGAAGACCGUGUUGGAGCCAGUGCAAGGAGCAUCUUCCUUCUCCACGGGAAGCUUAGACCUCAGGAAGAAGUACGCUUCUAUGACUGCAGCCGAGGUAGCGCUGGCAGUCUUCUCAAACGCAGAGGGGGUGUUCAGUCCCAAGAUGGCUAAGCACAUCCAGAACUUCCUGCUGCAGGUGUCAGGUAACCGUCUGGCAACAGCUCUGUUUCAGCUGGCCAUCUGUGGAGGCUCCCUGGCUGUCCCACAGGACCUGGUGCCCAAAGAUAAGACAUCCAACACCACCGAACAAACUAAAAAUGAAGACAAACCCACCACAUCCCUCCCCAGUGAAGCAAAAGUGAAACAGUACCUUAAAGACAGCCUGUCCUCACAGCACACAGCCAUCACUUUGGCCCACAUGGCCUCUUUGGAGAGGAAGUUGACCAAACACUUCCAGGUCAACAAUUUCCUCUCUUUAGAGCAAGGCAACUUUCUGGAGUACCUGGUUAAACACAUUCAGCUCCUGCAGGACACACUGGGGUCUACUUUGCCUCUGAGCAGUGGCAGCAUGGAACUUGUGGGCAGUGGUUUCAGACCCACCAGACAAGACGUGUUUGAGUUCAUCACACAGUGUGGUGACAUAACAUCCACUGAUCCAGAAGAACUCUCCCACAUUGAGUCAGCACUGAGAUCCCACUACCGGGUCCGGGACAGUCGUGACCUAGGCUACGGCACUCUGCAAAUGCUGGCUGGCCUGGUCCAACGCCAGAGAGGGCUGAAUGGAGGAGGACAGAGCCAGGUCUACUACGAGUCAGCCCUGUUUGCCAAACACAGCAAUUCAAGUGUUGAAGGUGGGUGUGGAUCAGUGGGACGGCUAGGUGAGAUGUCCAAGGCGCACGCUCUGGCCAGCUUGCUCUCCUGCCCUCUGCUAGAAGAUUUAAGUGAGUGGAGCCAAUGGGAGCUGAUCUUCAAACCCCUUCAUGGCUCCCUCAAAGAUUUCAUUGAAAGAAAUGCAGCUAAUACAGGCCUGGCAGCGUUGGAGGUGACACCAGGUUUGCUCCUCAGGAUCACCACGCACACAGGAGACAAGCAUUUCUCCAGUGCAGCGAUGGCCCUCGACUCCAUCAGCACAGCUGGCCACCUUGUGUCCAUGGUAGUAGCUGAUGGGAUCGUCAAUGCUCCCACAGCCCUCCUGGCCAAUCACAUGCAGAGCUCCCUGGCAGCAGCUGUGGGCAAAGAAGAUUUGUCCCAGUCUGAAGAGGAUGUGUCAUGUUACAGCAGAGUGGCCAAAUUCCUCUUGGCAUGUUUGACAAGAAUCCCCACCAGAAUCUGCCAGGCUCUUUUGCAGCAGGUGUUUCUGGAGCCUUUCUCGCUUGUCUUGGGCCAGGCCAAGUCUAAACAGGUCCUGAUCACUGUAGCUCAGUCUGACCUGAGGCACAUGAACUGUCUGCAUCGGCUUGGUAUCCUCCUGGGCAUCACAGACUGGAUCAAAGACUACCAGAAAAAACUGAACCCACAACAGAUCCAAAGCUGCAACACACAAACAGCACCUGUGGAACAGGCCAAGCCUAAUUUGAAAGAUUCUGAGACCAUCAGUCUGUCAGCUCUAAAUAUCAAUGAAGAUGAUUAUCUUGAGGAUAACACAAUGGACAACAGCUUUGCCUCCUCCCAUCUCAACCAGAGCCUACAACAAGUCAAUGGCGAGAAAGACGUAGUGGUUGAGGACAUAGAGGAUGAAGAGGAGCUGUAUGAGUUGUCCUCAAUGCCUAACGGAGAGACAUCAGACGUCAGCAGUGAAGCUGAAGGGAGCCCGGACGAGGAACAGUCAGAAAUGUCUGAUUCUGAUGAAAUGGAUGCUGCCAGCUGCCAAUCAACGACCACAUUAGGCUUCCAAAAAGCCAUCAUUGAGGACAUUAGGAAGAAUGAGUUUGGUAUUGGUGUGGAAUUGACCGCUGAAGGCCAGAAGCUGAUGCAGGUCCAACAGGACAGGCUGGGCCGCAGUUUAGACCGCCUCUCCACCGAACUCUACAGCAAAGACACACACUUUGUCCUGGAACUCAUUCAGAAUGCUGAUGACAACAGUUACCCAUCAGAAGUUGGUGUCAUUCCAGCGCUGGCCUUUGUGGUGGAGAGAGACAGCAUCUCCGUUCUCAACAAUGAGAUCGGCUUCCAGGAGACGAACAUCAGGGCCAUCUGUGAUGUGGGUCGCAGCACCAAGGGCAAACACAAAUAUGGAUACAUAGGUCAAAAGGGCAUCGGCUUCAAAUCAGUGUUCAAAGUCACAGACCGUCCGGAGAUUCACUCCAAUGGCUUCCACUUGCGCUUCGACAAGACCUGCGGCCCCAUGGGAUACAUCCUCCCCCACUGGACUGAAGAUGAGAAGCUUCUAGACUCACAGCUGAAGGACAUGAAUCAGCACAGGUGGACCACUAAGAUCUACCUUCCUCUACGCUCCGAAAGCCAUCAGACCAGAAACCUGUUUCAGGACGUGCACCCAUCCCUGCUGCUCUUCCUGCACCGCCUGCGCUCCAUCUCGAUCUACAAUCAGAGUGAGAAGCGUCUUGUGACAAUGACUCGGAAAGAUCUGAGUCACAAUGUGUUAGAGGUGGAGCACACAGAUGGCAUUGAGCGCUGGCUAGUGGUCAAAACUAUGGUGCAGCCCAAGAAGAUCAAAGAGGAUGUUGAGUCCACCGAGCUUGCCCUGGCUUUCCAGCUUGACAGCAACGUUACAGAAAGUGACAUUGUAUGCCAGCCGCAGAAACAGCCUGUCUUUGCUUACCUGCCCCUUCGCAGUUUUGGCUUCCGUUUCAUCAUCCAAGGUGACUUCGACAUCCCUUCCUCUCGUGAAGAUGUUGACAGAGACAGCUCAUGGAACCAGUCGCUUCGAUCUGAGAUACCACAACUCUUCCUCCAGGCCAUGGAUGUCUUCACUGAUCACCCAGAGUUCAAGGGGCUGAAGGGCCUCUCCCAGUUCCUGCAGUUUAUCCCCCUGCCUGACGAGGUGUUGGACUUCUUCAAGCCUGUUGCUGGGAAGAUUAUUCAGAUGCUCAAGGGCAAGGCAUUCCUGCCUACACUCAGCUCAGAUGGUAAGGUUGUGUACAAGCUGCCUUCCCAAGUGGCCGUCUGUCACGACGCCGUGAUCCGUGACGUGAUUGGCGGAGACGAGCUAGAAAGGCAUCUGUCUCUGUCCUAUCUCCAUCCGGGUUUGAGCCCUGCACCACCCUCCUCCCUGCUCACUCACCUAGGAGUUAAAUACCUGCGGGGAUCCGAUGUUACCACAGUAACCACAGCCAUGGCCAGGGAGCUAAUGGAAGGCAUCCAUUCAGGCCCUCUGUCUGCAUUGUACAAGGAUGUAAAUGUAGUUCACCCCUCUCUGCUGAGUUGUGUGGAGCCUCUGGAAAGUCAGCAGGUUCGGGAGCUGCUGAAAAGACUCGGAGUUCACGAACUGGAGCCUCAAGAACUACUGGAGCAGCACAUCUACCCUUCAAUACAGAACAACAAAUGGAAGUCAAAGCCAGAGUCAGUGGUGGUGAGUUACUUGGUUUUCAUCAAACUGCAUUCCUCCUCCAGCCAGCAGUACUCAGACUUUGCAGUACCCGUCCUCACCAGCAGGGGUCUGCUGUGCCCGGCCACUGAAAGGGUGCACUUCUCUGAGGAGUACGGCAACAUCAACCUGCCAAAGAAACUGCCUGGCUGUGAUUGGGUCUUGCUGGACCCCUGCUAUGUGCAGACAGAUGACGAUGUAGAAGGAUGGAGGAAGCUGUUUAGCACCCUGGGAGUCAGAGACGGUCUCAUCAUCCGCAAAGAGAGACAAACACUCACUGCUAAAGAACUGACCUCCAGUCCCUGGUCAGUAGAAAGUGCAAUGUGGCACCAAAAUCCAGGAGAGGGCUUUGUGCUUGAUGACUACCCCUGCCAGGAGUUUUAUUCCCUGGCCACAGCCCAGCUGCCCGGCCACCUCCUCUUGCAGCAGAGAAUGUCAUUGCUGGAGCUUCUGGCGACAAACUGGGAUACAGGACAUUGCUACUCUCAGUACCUCACAGCUCAGGUGAUUGACAGCGAUGGACAAGCGAUCAAAAGCACCAAGUCCUCCUUCUACCACUUCUUGCGUUAUCUUGAAUGGGUACCAGCCUAUCGCCCCAUGGAAGGAGAACAGCAAGAGCGAAAGUACCUCUGUCCAAACUCAGUCUACCUGACCUCACCUGAAGUCACCAGCCUGCUGGGGACUCAUGUCUGUUAUGUGGACAUAGACCCCAGCGAGUUUAGCAGAGCUCUUGGAAUGAGACAAAGUAUCUCAGUGGAUGAUCUGAUAAACUACCUGAAGAAGUGGUGUGUCAAACCAGAAGCAGAUGACCAGGAGCAGAGACUACCUGAGGACGAGUUAGAGGGGGCAAAUUUCUCUUCCACAGUUGAGCACAUCCACAACGUCUACACCUAUCUGUAUAAUAACUGUCCCCAGAGCAGCCUGAAGGAUUUGUUCCAGCAUACCCCUGCUGUAUUCAUAGAGUACGACAGGCGAAAUGAGUGGUGUUCAGGACGUUUCUACCACCUAAAGGAGGUGUGCUGGAGUGACCCGACGGUAGUUUUCCAGCGCUACAGACCGCUGACUCACGCACCAGACAGCCCUGUCCAGCAGCCCAAAGUCCUGGCUCCCUUCUACAAACCACUGGAUGGCAUGAAAUUCUUCUUCACCAAACUGCUGAAUGUGGAUCUCAGUCCCAAUAUGAAGCAGUAUGUUGGCUUGUUGGAAUUGAUCUGUUCAUCAUCCCCCAUACCAACUGCUGAAGUGCUACAGGAUGUGUCGGUGCUCUAUGCCAUACUUGCUCAAAAGUGUAAAAUUCAAGUAUCUGGUGACCAGGAAAACAUCCCUCAAUUCAAUCUCAAUCCCGACUACUGCUCCACCUUGAAGGGUAUGGUGUCUAAUAAGGGGGUCUUCCCCACCAAGGAUAACAGAUGGGUGAGUCUGGCACGCAAACCCAUGAUUGCUGACAACAAGGAGUUGGAAAAGAUCUUUAAACCACACAAGCAGAUCUGUCUGCUCAACCUGCCACCAGCAGAGAAAAAGACUGCUCCCAGGAGCAGGACUGGGAAGUUUGUUCAGACAGUGCCGGGAGAACGAGGUAACACCGUAUUUGCCUUCAACGAGACGGACCGAUCUUUGUUUCUGGAGAUCUGCGGGAUCCGUCAGCUGUCCCAGUGUGUCAAGACUGAACCUCAGACUGAGAACCUCAGACCCUGUCCGUCCAUGCAGGCCAUGGUGCACUCUGUGAUACCCUACAUCCAGAGGUUCCUGUACCACCACGACGAGCUGGCUGAAGUCUAUUCAGAACUGAUUGACAACAACAUUAGAGAGAAAAUCAAGCGACUGAACUUCGCACAGGUGGGUAAGCUGUACAUUCGCUACCAGCUGGAUGUUGCUGAGAGUGAGGAUGAGGUAGUGGAGGUGCAGGAUGUUAUUUGUCUGCUAAACGGCGAGAAGGAUCUCUACAUCCAGAAAGAUCACCUCUCGGCCAAGCUGGAUGUCUGCAGGGAGCUGGUGAAACUGUUCUGCACAGAGAGCAGCCACAGAAAAGAGCUGAUGCAUUUCCUGAGCGGCCUGAUAACCUCUCUCAAUGACCAAGGAUCUCUAAAGAGAUUCUUAGGCAAGGAGGACAUCAGAGAGCUGCCCAGUGAGGAGGAGCUGUGGGAGGUCCCAGAGCCCCCCAAACCAGUGAUUAACCUAGAGAGAGUGCUAUCAAGGAGUUACUCCUCCAUCAGCUCCCCAGAGGAGCCUUCUCGCUCCGCUCAAGAGGAUGGGGAACAGACGCUGGUUUGCUGGCCUCCUCGAGCAUCUAUGCUCAAUACGGGAGUCAGUCGCACAGGUCAGGCAGAUGGCGGUGUGGUCGAAGCAGUCAUGAAGAUGUGGCCACCUCCAGCUGGGCCUAAAGACAGAGAACCAGAAAAGGACGCCGCUGCCAGAGGAAGCAGCCAUGUCAUCCCCCAAAGCCCCAGCAGCAGCAGCAGCUACGACGGAAACCAGCCACUCAGGAGCAGCAGCCGACCUACAGAUCAGUCUGGCCUUCAGAGAGUCCUCAGCUCUCCGGGCCAACCUAACCCCUCACCACGGCCUCCAGAGUACAGUCAACAGAGUGAGACCACAAUGUCUGACAGAGCUGAGAAUGGAGAGGGAAGCCUCACAGCCUUCACACCAACACUGAGUCCUCCAGAUGCACAUCCUGCUGAGACAGCCAGCGACCAACCUGCUCCAAACAGCCUCGUCAUCCCUGAGGCUGUGGUGCUUCCCAGUAUGUUUCAGGGGGCUGCAGAGACUCCACGUCCUCCCCUGAGCCUGCACUUCCCUCUCUGGAACAAAGUCCAGCCUCCACAUGCCACUCUGGAGGACAUGGAGCUCACCUGCCAGAGACCUACCACCGUGGUGUUCUCAGAUGACCAGAUGGACGUGUCCGCGAUCGGUGAGUGGGGGGAGCAGCUGGUCAACACUUUCCUGUGCCACUGGAGAGACGGUAGCGACCCCAGACGACCCACAGACAUCCUGUGGUGCAACCAGAGCGGAGAGAGCGGCCAGCCCUACGACUUUAAGCUCACUUUUGGACCUGCAGGAGGGCCGACGGUGGUGUAUGUGGAAGUGAAGUCAACUAUAAAGAAAGAGAAGUCAUUCAUCCAACUCUCUGCCAACGAGCUGGACUUUGCACUGAAAGAGAAGGAGCGCUAUCACAUAUUCCGAGUGUACAGCGCAGGAGAUGCCCAGAACGUCCGCCUGUGUCGCAUUAAGAACCUUGCGCAGCAUCUCCACACCAAAAACCUGGCACUUUAUCUGUUUGUAUAAGUCCUUUGUAAGUUUGUGGAGAUUUUUGCACUGUAGUAACUCACACCACAAUGACAGGCCAACAUGUGUAUUCUAAAAGCAUCUCAUGCCUUUUUAAGUACAUCCUAACUACACUGAUUUUAGUUGUUUUUUAAUGUGCCCAUGAUACUAGAGUUAUUUUGCCUGAUAAUGAGAAAAAAAUGCACAUUCCUUUUCCAUUUUCCUGUCGAACGUAAUUUUAUAACUACACACAGCUGUGUGUUUUCUGGUAUUUGUACAAUUGUAUUGGUUUUUAGUGGUCAGUGGACAAACUGAAUGUUUUUAUUUUUUUAUUCCCCCUACCUCACCUUUUCUCUAGCAUUCCUUUUGAAUAAAAUACUUUUUCUGUCAGCUGAAUGACUCUGAA